GUAGGAGUUCCCUCUAAUCAGCCCCGAGUCGUCCACUCAACACCAGCCGCACGGCGCUCGCUACACGAGCAGUCUACUCAACUCGUAUUGGCGUUACGGCAAACUUGGAUUGAUCUGAGACCCGCUAAUGAAGAGACUCUUUAAUUCUGUGGCAUUGAACAACCUGCUUGCUACUGCCUCGACGUAUUUUAUUUUCACAAAGACCGGAUACGGGAUGUUGUGUGGAGAGACGGACAAACGCACGGAGUGAACUGUAGCCAUGACAAAGAUGCACCGCCUUGCGAGAGGAUGCCAGAAAGUCUUGGAUGAAGAAAAUGCGCUGCACCUGUAACACAACGGAAGAUCAUCGAGGCCUUGUUUAUUCUCCUCAACGGGCACCUGCUGUUACGUUUGUCCACGGGAAGAUGGCUCUAUGUUAAACAGAAGACAUAAAUACCACCCACUCUAGUAGAUCCGAAGGUUUAGCUAUCUGGGGAUGGAGAUUCGUGUACUUCCAACUGAAUGUGCUGGAUGUGUACUGGAUAUCAAUUGUGAAAGUUGUUGAUAUUGCUGAUCUAGGAAUUGUUACAUCUCUGAAACCUGUCAACAAACAUGGAGGUGAAUGAAUCCCAAUAUAGCCUUUCUAGCUCCAACAGAACCGAGCAAGCGGACUAUGAAGUGUAUUUCUUUGUCCUUACCCAUGCCAGAUCGUUCAGAAUUGGAGGUCUUUGUGUCGCGAUUCUUGGAUUCAUUGGAAACACGUUAGCAAUCAUCGUCCUCCAGAGGAAGAGAAUGUGGUGCAGCACUGCAUACUUUCUCAUCCUUCUAGCUCUGUAUGACAACAUAAUCCUCAUAGCUGCUAUCUGGCAAAGUGUCUCCUACUUGCAGAGUAACAGCGACACAAGCAUUGUGAUCCACAAGGUGGCCUAUGUGUUAUUCAUCCCUGUAAGUUACAUUGCCCAAACCGGAACAAUCUUUAUGACACUCGUGGUGACCAUUGAAAGAUAUGUCGCCGUCACUAAGCCGUUCAAAGCUCGCAUCAUAUUCUCUCUUUCAUCAGCGAAGAAGAUUUCAUUAGGAAUAUUUCUGUGGUGUUUGGUGUACAAUAUUCCUCAUUAUGUUGCCUUGGAUCUAUCCUAUACCACUGUGACAAACAAUGUUCAUUUGUCAGAGUUUGGAAAGCAGUAUGUGUACCAAAAAGUUUACAGCGUUUAUAUACAGCUUCUGGCGAUGUACGUUUUACCGUGGCUGGCAAUGACUGUGUUUAAUAUUUUAUUACUACGAUGUGUUAAAAAGAUUACUAUGAUUCGCCAUAAUUGUCAUUCCAAGAGUGCCGCUGACGAUGGCCGUCGGCUAACUUUGCCGGUCAUUGCCGUGACGACGGUAUUCUUCCUGGCAUAUCCAUUCCCAGCAUUCGAGGACACUUUCUGUAAACUAUUCGACCCUUCAGAGGUCGGCUUAGAUGACACAUGUGGAGUUAAAAUGAAGAUAUUGUUCGAGCUGAUUAGUGAUAUAGCCAAAGUGUUGAAUUCUGCAGCCAAUUUCAUAUUCUACUGUUUACUCGGCCGGAAGUUCAGGAGGACCUUCCUGCAUCUUGCAAGCAGUUGGAGACGUCGUAUGUCAACUGUGGUGGCCAAGUCGUCCAUGGCGUUUGACAAUCAAGCGACACUGUCGAAAGCAGCGGCGUCAGUAUAUUUGGACAGAGAGCUUAGUCUCCGUCACGACAUCAACGAUGUGUAAGGAGACUCUACUCAACUGUUCAAUGGAGAGGCACAGCCAGACAGUGCUUAGGGAGUAAUUGGCGCAAUCUGUCUGAGAAGAUACGGCUUACUUAAUCACCUUAAUUACAUAACACAGUCUGAAACCUGUGAAGUGUAUGUGGGAUGGUGUCAAUGUUAUAAUUAACUACACUGCUUAUCAACAGUGUCGUCAUCAUUUGCAUCCAGUCUGCUGAGACGUAGACGCUUCACAUGACAGCCACACAUCAUUUGAGGGCGGGACCUGCACGACACACAACGUCAGGGUGGCAAGUGUAUGUCUAUCUUAUGAUGGUUUUCAGAUUGUCAGAUCGAGUAAUAUCUUUGUCUUAUUUUCAAGACAUGGUGAUACUUUAUUUUCGGAUCGGAAUUUGUAUUUUAUGAUAAUAACUAUGUUUACAUUUUAGAAGCAUGUCGACGCACGUUGACUGUUGCCUGCCAUGGCAUCUUGAUGUCAAGGAUAACUUGUAUCCUGGGCUCUUAUAUAUGCUCGCGCUCAGUGUCAUAAAGCACGUGUCAAGCUUGUGUGUCAUUCGUCAUGCUGAGGAAUAAUAUUAUUAAAGAAAGAGAGAAA